AUGGAUGAAGAAUUGCAAGCGAUCCGUCAAGCUCGACUUGCUCAAUUAAAGGGUCAGCAGCAACCAUCUGAACCUCAAAAUGCUCCCGCAAAUCAAGGUCAACAAAAAGAAGCCACAGACGAACUUCGUCAGAACAUGCUCACCCAAAUACUAGAGCACUCUGCCCGAGAUAGACUUCGUCGUAUCGCUCUAGUAAAGCCUGAUCGCGCUCAAGCCGUUGAGGAACUAUUGCUUCGAAUGGCUAGAAGUGGCCAAGUCCUACAAAAGAUUUCCGAAUCUGAAUUAAUUGAGCUUCUAGAACAGAUCUCUGGUCAAUUAUCAAAACAAAGAGAAACUAAGAUUGUUUAUAGUCGCCGUGCCGUUGAUGAUGAAGAUGACUGGGAUCUAUAA